GCGUAAAGUGUGGACGCUGAAGUUUUGAAUCAUUUUUGAGCGGCGAAAUCCGUGCUCAAGGCUUUCCCUUAAGCCACCAUGAGCAAACACGAGGAUUCAUGGGAAAGGCUGGAUAAAGAGUUUGACCAUUGUCUACUGGACAUGAAGCCGUAUGUCCUUAAACACCCAAACAAGACAGAGCGUCAGCGUUGUGCCAUAUGGAUCAAGAAAUUUUGCGAUCCUGCCUCUUGGGGUUCAGGUCUACUGGGUCGGAGGAACCGAAACCUGUAUGCCCGUUUACUCCUUCACAUGCUUAAAAGAGGGGACCUGGAGGGGCCUUUUAACACCAAACCAGAGCCUGGAACCCUCAAGACACUCCCUACUUACAUGUCCAUCUACUUUGAUGAGCCACUGAGUACCACCAGCAACACAGGGCUGCCUGACUGGGUUACAGGAGAACUGGGUGGUUAUAAUGAUGACAGUUUGGCUGCUGGUCUGUUGAAGGACAGAACAGCUCAUCACAGGAGAAAGCUGUAUGAGGAGAAGUCCCCACUACGACCCAUGGCCUCCAGCUCAUUCAGACAUUCACCUAAACAUGAUGACAGAAUGGUGGAGGGGGGGCUGAAGGCAGAUACGUCCCACGAUGACAGUGACCUGGAGGCUCGUCUCAACAGCUGGAACCUCGGGAUUGAAAACCCCAGGUACCUGCGAGAGAAGCCUGUGGCCUUGUCUCCAAUUUUCAAGUCAAGCUUAGGAAGGAACAGCACCUUGGCUGAUGAUCACAGCCCACAAGUAGUGCAGAGCAAGGAGACUGAGAUGAGGAUCAAAGUACUGGAGGCCAAGCACCAGGAAGAAAAACUGAAAAUGCAGCAGAGACAUGAUGCAGAUGUUGAAAAAAUUCUCGACAGAAAGAAUGGUGAAAUUGAAGAGGUGAAGAGCUUGUACCGGGCCAAGCAGAAGGAAUCAGAAGAGUUGAUCCGUAAGCUGGAGAGGAAAGUUCAAAGUGUGCUGCGGGAAUCCCAGGUCAUCUGCGAGAGCAAAGAGAAGCAGAUCGCUGAGCUGAAGAAGAUGUCGGAUCAGAGCGCCGACUCCCUUAAAAACGAGUGGGAGAAGAAGCGUCAUGCUGCAGUGGCAAAGAUAGAACAGGAGAAGUUUGAAUUACAGAAGAAACACACAGAGAACAUCCAGGAGCUGUUGGAGGACACCAACCUUAGACUGGCCAAGAUGGAGGCAGAGUAUAAUGCUCGCUCACAAGCAACCGAGCAAACGGUGCGUGAGCUGGAGUUUCGGGUGAAACAGCAGUCUGUGGAGGUGGAGAAGGGCAACACACUACGUCAGAAGGUGACACAGGAGAAGGCCCAUUUGGAGAUCCACAUUGCAUCCAUCAGUGCUGAACUGCAAGAGGCCAACAGACGAAAUACGAUGCUGCAGAAGGAGAAGGAGGAGCAGAGUGAGCACUAUGAGCAGACCUUACAGAAGCUCCAUGCCAAACAUGAGACUGACUUGAGCCACUUCCAGCAGGAACACACACUGUCUACUGCUAAGGCGUCUGAGUUGAUUGAGGAGUUGGAGAAAACAGUAGCUCAGCUCAGACAGCAGAUCCAGGACAGUGAACAUCAAAGACAAAAACAAGUCAGGGAUCAAGGGAUAAAGUUUCAGCAGGAAAAAGAUGAACUGCAGAUCAACUGUGAGAAGAAGGUUUUGGCGAUCCACAGUGAAGCAGAGAAAGAGAGAGCGGAGGCAAAGAGGAAGAUAGCCAAGCUGGAGGAUACACUCAGAGACGUGGAGAGCCAGCUGGACAGAGCCAGGGAAACCCAAAGGCAGCAGAUUCAGCAGGCAGAUAUUGCACUGGAACAGUUCAAGAAACAGGUGGAGCUCAGCUCUGAAAAGGCCUACACUGACAUGAAACUCCAGAUGGAGAAGGUAGAAGAGGACCUGAUCCGCUCCAAGUCCCUCAGGGAAAACCAGGCCAAGGAGUUCUCUCAGCAACUUGAUGCACUCAGGCAGAAAUACGAGCAGCAGAUGGCUGAGCAGCGCAUGCAGCACGAGCAGGAGAGGACGCGGCUACAGCAACAGCACAGCGCGGAAAAGGACAGCCUGGUCCAAGAGCGUCAGCGGGAGGUGAACAGCCUGGAAAGGCAGGCCAGGGCCGCCUUGCAACAGCACCAGCAGCACACCCAGGAGUGGAGGAAGCGCGAUGCCCAGAUCAUCUCAGAUUUGGAAGCGCAGUUGACAAAUCUCAAUGAAGAACUCCAGGGGGCCCACGUCCAGCAUAAGCAACAGUUGGCUGAGAUGGCGUUGCUCUGGGAGGAGGAGAAGCAAAAGGCGUUCUUGGACAAAGAAGCAUCACUGGAUCGACUCUGCUCAGAUAUGGAACGCAUCCGCAGUGACCUGGAGGGAAGCUACCAGCAGGAGAGAGAUGCUGCCCAGGAGAAGACCAACAGCAGGCUGAAGCAGAUUGAGAAGGAGUACAGUCAGAAGCUUACCAAGUCUGCCCAGCUAAUUGCAGAACUACAGACGUCUGUGUGUGACUCUAAGGAAGAGGUCGUUCGCCUACAGAGAGCAAUGGAGAAGCAGUUGGAGGAGGCCAACGCUCGAUGGGACGCAGAGAGGAAGACGAUAAACCACCAUGCCGAUCAGGCCAACAAGGCUCUGCAGGAAAAGGUGGAGAGUCUACAGAGGCAGCUGCACAGCUCAGAGAAGAAGCUGCUUAGCAAAGAGCUGGAGACGGAAGAGAAGGUGACUCUGGUGCGUAAAGAGUACGAGGAGAAAAUCAAAGGUCUGAUGCCUGCAGAGCUCAGACAGGAAUUGGAGGACACCAUUGCUUCUCUCAAAGCUCAGGUUAAUUUCCUUCAGAAGAGAGCCUCGUUGCUACAGGAAGACCUGGAUGCCUGUCGCAGCAGGAGGUAACGCUUGCACAACUACAGCCUCACUGUACGUCGGGACAUGACGACAGCCAAUCAGAAGUGAGCAUUCCUGACUGUUACUGUUACUUCACACGUGCCAUUUCACUGGAUCAGACAUUUUUGUAGUCUGAUGUCCUGUUGUCUCUCAUUGUUUUGUAACACAUGAUCUAUUUAUUCUUUGUCAGAUUUUCAUUUUGUAUUUUACUGUUACAUUGUUUUUGUCACCUUAUCAGUUUUAUGAUAUUAUUGGUAUUUGAUAGAUAUUUGCUAUCAAGUACCGUUGUAAUAAAAUACUUUGCAUCAU